AUGGAAAAUAUUUAUCCAUUAGGAAUUCGUCCUGGUGAAUCAAUUAUUGUUACACCAAGUCAAACAUUAUCAAAUGAUGAAUAUUAUUUAUUACGAAAUGUAUCAAUUAAAGUUGCUCGUCAUUUAGGUAUUGUUGGCGUAUGCAAUGUACAAUUUGCCCUACAUCCAUCAUGUAAUGAAUAUUAUAUAAUUGGAAUAAAUCCACGGUUAUCUCGUUCAUCUGCAUUCGAAUCAAAAGUAACUGGUUAUCCAUUAGCAUAUAUAGUAGUUAAACUUACGCUUGGAAUGAAUUUAGCAGAAUUAAUAAAUCAUAUUACAAAAUCAACAUGUGCUUGUUUUGAACCAAGUCUUGAUUACGUUACAAUUAAAGCUUCAAGAAAGAAUUUAAGCAAAUCUAUCCAAUGUUCAAAAAAAUUUGGAAAUUUUAUGAAAAGUAAUGGUGAAGUUAUGUCAAUUGGCAGAUCAUUCGAGGAAGCUUUUCAACAAGCUUUAAGAAUGGUCAAUGAACAUGUAACUGGUUUUGAUCCAUAUCCACAAACAGUUACAGAUAAUGAAUUCAGUGCUCUAAAUUAUCAAUAUAUUUUUCUAUUAGCAAAGGCACUUCAGCAAAGGUAUACCAUUGAACGUCUAUCGAAAUUAACACAAAUUGAUCCAUCCAUCCUUGAUGGUCAACCACUUUUAUAUAAAUCUAAAGUCUUAGCGUUUUCCGAUCUUCAAAUUGCACAUUAUACUAACUGUACUCCAAAUCAAAUUAGUGAAAAACGUAAAAAAAACGGAAUUCGUGCUUAUAUAAAACAAAUUGAUACAGUUGGAGGCGCAUGUAAACCAGCAAAAAGCUACUUUUAUUUUACCUACACGGCAAAAGAUGAUGAUGUAAGACGAAUAAUAACACAUCAAGUACCAAUGAUUGUUAUAGGACACAGUUUCUAUCCUACAGGUGACUAA